GACUAAUAAUGAAACACUACCAUAACCAAUACUACAAGAAGUACUAUUAGUAUUGUUGUCUAACAUCCCCCCUCAAGCUGAACUCUGGCUAAAGCAAGAGGAAGCUUGGACACUAGCUGGAAACUGCAAUUCUGGCAUGCCACCGCCGCCGGUAGCGGCGGAGCUCUCCAUUGUCGUCGCAAACGACGACGAUGACAGAAGUUGGGCGGAGAGACUCCUCAGAGAUUGUGUGUGCGCGAUCUCUGAGAAGGACUCUGCCAAGACCCACCAUCUGUUGUGGAUGCUGAACGAGCUGGCGUCGCCGUACGGAGACGCCAACGAGAGGCUAGCCGCGCAUUUCCUGCGUGCCUUGUUCUGCAAGGCAACCCAGACCGGCCCCAGGGUCUAUAGGACUCUGGUCUCAGUCUCGACGAAGGCCCACACCUUUGACUUUGCCCGGAAAGUGAUGCUCAAGUUCCAAGAAGUGAGCCCGUGGACGACGUUCGGCCACGUGGCGGCCAACGGCGCGAUCCUCGAGGCCACCGACGGCGCCGCCAAGCUCCAUAUCAUCGACGUCAGCAACACGCUCUGCACGCAAUGGCCGACGCUUCUCGAGGCCCUCGCCACGCGGCACGACGACACGCCUCACCUGAAGCUCACCGUCGUCGCCACCACCGCCUCCUCCGCCACCGUGAAGUCGCUGAAGAACGAAAUAGCCCAGAGACUCGAGAAGUUCGCCCGCCUCAUGGGCGUCCCGUUCGAGUUCAACGUCGUCACCGAGUUAACUCGCCUCGGAGAGAUCACGAAAGAGAUUCUAAACGUGCGCGACGACGAGUCGGUCGCCGUGAACGUCGUCGGAGCGCUGAGGCGCGCGAGGCAGAGAGCGGAGGCGCUCCGCGCCAUCCGCUCUCUGAACCCGAAAAUCGUGACGGUGGUGGAGGAGGAGGCGGCGGAGGCCGCCGGGAACGGCGGAGGCGACUUCGAGGAGUGUCUGGGCUUCUACCGACGGUACUUCGGAAUGCUGGAGGAGAGUUUUCCGGCGACGAGCAACGAGAGGCUGGCGUUGGAGAGGGAGGGGUCGAGGAGCAUACUGAGGGCGGUGGGAUUCGAUGACAUGGCGGAGGAGGACGGCGGCGGCGAGUGCGAGAGGAGGGAGAGGGGAGGGCGGUGGUCGGGGAGGUUUAGGGAGGCGGGGUUCACGGCGGUGGCGCUGAGCGACGAAACGGUGGACGACGUUAAGGCGUUGCUGAAAAGGUACAAAGGGGGGUGGGGGGCUCACCGGGACCCACAACAUGAUGAUGAUGUAAUGAUGAACUCGCCUUCUUCUUCUUCUUCUUCACCAGGAAUCUUCUUGACAUGGAAAGAUGAACCAGUAGUGUGGGCAUCUGCAUGGAAACCCUAGCUAAUUAGCUACAUGCAUGAUUUAAUUAAAUAAGACUAUUAUUGAAUUGAUUGAUUUUCCAAAAGUGAAAAUAGCUUAUAGUGAAAUUCGUUAUAGAUUUGUAAUUAGAUGAAGAAUACCAUGAUAGUUCCAUAAACAUUGGUUUUAUUGAAGUGAAAUUUGCACUAAAUAGGACUAAAAUAUAGGUCAUUUU